CAGCUUCGCGCAGCUUACCAACUUACCCUAUUUAUUUAUUUAAAACUUUUAGUUUUAGGUUAGGUUUAGGCUAUGUGAAAAAUUAACGUAGCCAAACGGUUUAUUCUAUUGGUUUAACUAACUGGAAUCAGUCAACUAGAAAAGCAAUAAUGAAUGCUUAUGCUAUUAGUUGAUAAGUGUUGCACGUUUAAGUUGAUGUUUAUAUUACACAACUCGUGAUUUUUACCAGAAAAGCGCACGUUGUUGUUGUAGCAGUUGUAGGCCUAGUUAACGUUGUAGGUUUAGGGUUGUAUUGGGAUUGGGGUAAGGUCUAAUUACUCAGACUCAGCUUUUAACAAUGGUUGCGCCAUUGACUAAACAAUACGUAGACCUCAUUAAAACUUUUAAGAGUAAUUGUGCUACUCUUAUUGAUCAGUUUAAGAAUAAGAAAAUUGAGAGCAUCAAAACGUUUUUGGAAGCUUGGCAGUCUUUGAACUUCAAUUUUACUUACGAGAAGAAAUAUAGAAAAGUUGGAUCACUACACGAUUUCAAAAAUGAUUCUUUGGAAAUAGCAAAACUCAUCAUGUUAAAUGACCAUUUUUCGGGUGGGGCAUUCUUGUUGUACGGGCUGUACUCUCUGCAGGAUUUUCCCAAGGGAACAAUUCGUUUGGAACAUAACGAGUUUUGUCAUGUACUAAAGAUGUUGAGGUUAAAAGGUCGUAAAGAUCUCAUAAAUGAUAAAGACCAUAAAGACCUGCACCUACAACUAGCAUUUGUCUUUUGCACGUUUUUCAAGGCCAACGCAUUAGAUUUUGUGUUAUUCAAACGCCAGUAUGACAUAGAAGGACUACAUUAUUCAAGUUUGAUCUAUAACAAGAAAUACGAAUUUGAUGAAUCUGACAGUGAAGAAGCAGAGACAAAGUCUGAAUAUUCUGUGCAUAAAGUAUUGAUGCAGAUCCCAAAGAAGUUGAUUGAUCUAGAAAAGAAUUACUUCGAGCUGAAAAGUGAGAUUAAAUCAGUGCCACACCUGAACCUCAGUCUAGAAAUGGUAGAGGAAGACUUUAGCACUACUCUGUGGAAAGCUCUCACCAGAGUAAGUAAUGGGGAAGAAUCAGAGCAAGCUGAUGACAGAAUUGGUAAAAGAAGACGUGCAUUGAAAAACCGAAAAAUGCAUGCAUUGCAAAGGUACAGUCUCAGGAACAUCGAUGAAAAUUUUGAUACAAAAAGUGAACCACCUUCUCCACCUCCUCCUCCCAAAGAGAAGAAGAAAAGAAGACAUGGACCUAAGUUUUUUUUCACUAACGCUAUAAAUGACCCUGAUGAAGGUGCUGAUUGUGUCAGUGAGACUGAAGAAAUCAUUGACGACAAGGCACAGAAACAAGAACCUCUUCCUGAUUUUAUGUAGGUAGUUAUUCCAUGUGCUAUAACUGAACUUCUGUGUACUUGUAAUAUGAAAUGAAGAUCUUUAAGUUAA